GAAGGUGAUGAAGGUGCUCUUGCUACAGGACUGCCCCUUUUGUAAGCGCAUACACUUAUCACUUUGGUAUGACUGGUUUCUUUUGAAGCCCAGUACAAUGCAGACGAGUGAGUUUGACUCAUCAGAUGAAGAGCCAGUUGAAAAUGAACAGACUCCAUUUCAGGUAUCAUGGCUACCCUUAUCCCUUGUGAAUUGUUCUCAGUUUCUAGGUUUAUGUUCUCUUCCAGGCUGUAAAUUUAAAGAUGUAAGGCGAAAUCUCCAAAAGGACAUGGAAGAACUAAAGAACUAUGGUAUACAAGAUAUAUUUGUGUUCUGUACCAGAGGAGAGCUGUCAAAAUAUCGAGUACCAAACCUCUUAGACUUCUAUCAGCAGCAUGGAAUCAUCAUUCACCACCAUCCCAUCCCAGAUGGAGGUACCCCUGACAUAGACCGAUGCUGUGGAAUCCUGCAGGAGCUUGCAGUCUGUCUUGAAAAUAACCGGAAAACCUUAAUACAUUGUUAUGGAGGACUUGGGCGAUCUUGUCUUGUAGCAGCUUGCCUCCUACUAUACUUAUCUGAUACAGUAUCACCACAGCAGGCAAUCGACAGUCUUCGAGAUUUAAGAGGAUCUGGGGCCAUACAGACCAUAAAGCAAUAUAAUUAUCUCCAUGAUUUCCGAGACAAACUGGCUGCACAUCUGUCAACAAGAGACUCAGUAUCAAGAUCUGUAUCUAGAUAAAGAACAAUAUUAAUUUACUACAUAUAAAGAAGAUCCUUUCUGAAACUUUAUAUAGUCAUCAGAAACUGUUACUAGUGUAAUCAAUUCAAAUGAAAACAUACUUAUAUAGAUAUAUCCCUAAAGGUUUUUUUUGGGACAAUUUUCAUUUUGUUUUUAUUUGAGUGCAUUAGAUGCAUAAAAAUAUCUUUCUUGUAAUGGGCCCUUUGUUUUAUAUGAUAUUGUAUUGUAUAAUUGCAUUCAACAUCAUUUAGAUAUUUGUCAUGACCCUUGUGUAGUGCUAAUUAGUAAGAAUAGAAACUACCCUCAUCCUUGAUAUCACUUGCCUAUGAGAAGACUGGGUAUCUUGGUUCUUGAUUUUUAUUAAUCCUGACGUACAUAAUUUGUAUUUUUUUUUCUCUAUGUACUUCCUCAUCUGAAUUCUUCACUUACUUUUCUAUUUUUAACCUUUAAAAUCAUAUGGAUAUCAGUUUUCUUUAAAGAUCUUAACUAAUUGCUUAUUGUUGAUUUUAACCAACCUAGAUUGAAUCCUAUACAUGGACUCAAGUAUAUUAAGAAAAUCUAACCUAAUUUAACAUCCCUUUUCAAACCAAUUUAAUAAAGAGGUAUCUUGUUUUAAAUUAUGCUCCUGAGAAUACCCCAAACUCUCACAUGGACUUUAGGCAAGGAAGAUAACAAUAUUUAAGAUUGCUUAGUUUUAAUAGUAGGCAUACUCUAGGGCAUUGAUGGGUCUCCAAAGUAUUAGUUUUCACAGUACUUUAAUACUGAGAAACUCCCAAGAAAAUCUUUGUCAAAUAGUCCAACAACUAAAGCACAUCUUGUUAUUGGAAUAAAUGUAAUACUUUAAAAGAAGUGCUUCAAAAUGAUUAUCAGUGUUUUCAAGAAUGAUAAACCACAGAACCUGGUCCAUGACACAAACCUCAUAUUAAUGUCUAUUUUAGUUAAUAAGGAACAUAUAAAAAUUACAUGUACCAUUAAUAUCUAAGUGAAAGUCCUAGGAACUUAAAUUACUAUCUCAAACCACAAAUGCCAAUACAUAUUACUAAAAGCAGGGGCAUUUUUGAAAUGAAAGUUUAAGAGUAAUGAAACAGCACUGACUACAUAACCUAAACUUUCUAAUAUAAACAGUUUUGAAUCUUGAUUUUGCUUUCACGUAUUUAGAAAGUAAGCUGCCCAACUCUUCUAUUCAGAAUAAAGAGGAAGGUAAUGCCAUUGUUAACUAAGCUCAACUAAAUCUUAUUGUUAUAUCUAUGUUUCCAUUUAAAUGCCAUUUUUAUACUUAACAUGUAGAAUCCAAAUAAAUUAUUUCAAAGAGCAAGCAAACAUCAUUUUCUGUAUAAUAGAAACACAAGACAAAAGAAACUCACUGCUCCAAAUAUUACUUAGUAUUACUACUCCAAACACUAGUUAGUGUAUGGCAUGAUAGUUGUUGGAAAUUAUUUCUCUGCCUGAUCUUGGGUGAAGGAAUUCAUUAUGAAUGACACAGCCAAAAUGUGGAUGGGGAGAUGGGGAGAGAAAAAAAUAAUCUGGAAGAGUUUGAUGACCCACAAAACCAAAUAAGAAGUAACUGCAUUUUAAAGUAAUAGCUUAAUAUACCAACCUAGGAUGCCAUCAACAAACCACAGAAACCACAAAUACUUUGUGACGGUUUUUAUUAAAUAUACAAAUGCAGAAUAACUCCAUUGAGCUAUAAGGACCAAUUUUAAGUGCAUUUUCUUUGGUCACAUAUAAAACCUUGUAAUUAAACUUGAUUACUUUAAGAAAACAAUCAAAAUGCUAAAAUAAACUAUA